AAGUAGCUGUGAUUUUAUUACGAGUUGUAUUUGGGUGGUGGCUGCUGAUUGUUUCACUGGAGCAUUUCUCACUAGUAGAGGACUUUGGAAUCCAGUUUGGUAGCUGUUUACAGAGGAAGUUUUCGGUUUGAUUUGUUGUAGUUUUUAUUUGUUGUUGUUGUGAAAGCAGUUUAACUCCAGUGCCGGAGAGUGUGUGUGUUUGUGUGUUUUAUUUUUUUAAUCUGAUCAACUAGCAGCAAAGAAAAGGCAGUGACAUGCAGGCCAUAAAGUGUGUGCUGGUCGGAGACGGGUGAGGGUGUAUUUUGCUUGUUUACCUGCUCUGUAGUUUAGAGCCUCACUCCUUACAUUACUAAAUAAUUGUAGCGCAGUAAAGAUAGUUUACGGUUUGAAAUUCACACUUCUCUUGGCUCUAUAUCCCCAAUGCGCUGCUGUAGACAUGUAAACAUGUAAGCAUGUUAUUUCUGAGUUCACACAAAUUCUCUUGUUUUAGAUAAACCCUGACUUGUGAAAACUUUCACAAACACAUUUGCUCACAUUUGAUAUUGUCUUACUACUCUAUUCCCAUGGCAUUGGGAUAUAUGUAACAAUAGCAUAUACAGGCUGUGUCAGCCUUUGCAUUAACUCAGACUGCAUGUUUAUUGGAAAAGCCAUUAACUUGAAGCCAGGCUCUGAACAGCCUCUGAACAUUCUGUCAGUGUAAGUGUAUGGGAGUUUUGGAGAUUUUUUUUUAUUGUCUGCAACGGGAAAACCUUAAGUCCGAUCAGUUAGAAAAAAUUCAGCAUGAUCAGUCUGAACAGCCUGAAGAGCUAUGCUGAGUUUGGUGGAAGUAGCUUGAACUCUCAAGGAGUUAUAACAGUCAGACAUUUUUAAUGGAAGUUUAAAAUAGUUAUCAGUUUGAAAUCUGAAUGUAAUGUGCAGUUUUAAGAAAGAAAGAAAGACAGAUAGAUAGAGAUAUUGCCUAGGGUGGCAAUAAUUGUAGAGAUGAUAGAUAGAUAGAUAGAUAGAUAGAUAGAUAGAUAGAUAGAUAGAAUGGCAGAAAGAUAAAUGGAGAGAUAGACUGAUACAUGUAGAUAGAUAGAGAGAGUUGUAGUGUUUGACAGACAGAAGGAGUGAGAGAGUGAUACAGGUAGACUGAUAGAAAGAAAUACGGAGAGUGUGUGUGUGUGCUACUGAAGUACUGAAGGACUAUGCUGAGUUUGGUGGAAGUAGCUUGAAAGCUCAAGAAGUUGUAACAGUCAGAAUUUUUAAAUGGAAUUCAAUCGGAAUUUUGAGCUUCUGUAACGGGAAAACUGUAAAAAGAUGUAGCAACUCAAGUCAGAACAGACUGAAGGUCUGUAUCGAAUUUGGUGGAUGUAGCUUGAAUGCUUUGGGAGGACUAGCGUAUAGAAAUUAAUGGUCUCAGAAAAAGAAGAAGAAAAACAAUAAUACAUUUAAACAGGAAAACAGUAUGUAGGCUUUGUUGAGCCAACAUAAUAAUGAAAAAUUGUAUCACUGUCCAAAUACUUAUGGACCUGACUGUACCCUACUGUUAGAUAAGAAGGGAAUCUGAAAAAACACAGCUUCUUUUCAGCUACACCACCAGUGACAUCCACAGAGAAUACGUGCCCACAGUGUUUGAUAAUUAUCCUGUAACUGUAAUGGUAGAUGGGGAGCCAGUGACCCUGGGGCUGUACGACACAGCAGGACGGGAGGACUACGACAGACUGAGGCCACUCUCCUAUCCUCAAACGGUACAGCGCCGAGAGCAAACUCAAUGCAGAGACGUGUUUUUAAUUUGUUUCUCGCUGGUGAGCCCUGCCUCGUUCGAGAAUGUCCGUGCCAAAUGGUAUCCUGAGGUCAGCUAUCACUGCCCCAACACCCCAAUCAUUCUUGUUGGGACCAAGAUCGACUUAAGAGACGACAAGGACACUAUUGAGAAGCUGAAAGAAAAGAAACUCACUCCCAUUACUUACCCACAAGGCCUUGCUAUGGCUAAAGAAAUAGGUUGUGUGAAAUAUCUGGAAUGCUCAGCUUUAACUCAGCGUGGCCUUAAGACAGUGUUCGACGAAGCCAUUCGUGCAGUCCUGUGCCCACCGCCGGUCAAAAAGCCAAAUCCAGAGUGCCGUCUCCUCUGAAGAAGUCAUCCAUAAAGAACCAUCUGCAGUCUGCACUCGCCUGAGGAGAGGUUUCAGGAAUAGUGGGGAGGGAGGACGUGUUAGGAGAAAGAGGGAAGACUCUAUGAACCAUACCCAUACAUCUCUCUUACUUACAUAUUGUAGUUAUAAUUAGAUUUGCUUCUCUGAGUCUGUUUUAGGAUCCUAGAGUUUGUCUCGAGGACAUGGGGAUGCGUUUCCUUGUUAUAUCCCUUCACACUAAGUAAUUCCUGCUGCCUUUUAAUAAUGUGUUUUUCGUGUUUAUGUAAUGGUAAACCAAAUGAUCCUUUCUUUAUUUCAUCCAUCAGAGCCUAUAUAUUUUGUUUACACACUGCAUUUUUUUUUAUAGAAAAUGAAAAGUUACCAAAAAUGCAAACCUGCUUAUAAUAGCUUUUACUUUUGCAGGAAAGAGUCCACAAUUCAGAAUUUGCUAAGUGCUUACUUAGAUAGAUAGAUGUACUUUAUUGAUCCCUGAGGGGAAAUUUGGGAAUCACUCUUACGAUAUUAUUAGUUUUUAUUAGUUUUAUUAGUUUACUCAUUUAGUGUACAUAUUGGGGUCAAACAUUUGGUACAUAAAUGUUACACUAGAAAAAGCAUGUAUUCACUGACUCACUGUCAUCUGAGCACUCUAAAUUACAAAACAAAAUUUGGCUCAAUGCUUAUUAAUAUGUGCUGCAUUUACUAUGCAGUCAUUGUGAAAGAACUUUUUAUUCCCACGCAGUAUUGUAUAAAGCCUGUAGUUUGGCCGAUGAAUAGAAUGUGGACAGAUGUAGAAUGAGAAUUGUCUGUCCAAAAUCUGCUGUCAGUAUGGAAUCACGCCCCCAAGAGAAGUGGAUCUUGGAUCACCAAGUUUAACUGAAAUUCCUUUUCACAGGAAGGCACACUGAGAGGACAUAGAACAAGUCGAGAACAAUUCCCAACAGAUGUCUUAUUUUUUAUCUCUUGUAUGAGUUCAAUCAUGUCAGAUUGUUUUGUUUUGUUUUUACUGUAUUCCAACUACUUUUACAAUGUAUUAACAAUAUUCUCUGGAAAUGAAAAACAGUGUCCUUUGUCCUAAGCUUUAGUGAUUUUAUUCAAGUGUUAAUCAGUUAGUUCAUCUGAAAUCAGUUUCCACUGUCAUGAUUAUGUCUGUUGAAUAGAGAUUUACUUCA